CUGAGACACUCCAACAGAUGGGCGGCUAUAGUUACAAACGUGAACACAGCCAUUGGUCAGCUUCGGAAGGAUGCCAAACCAUUUUCAGAACGUUCUCUGAAAGGCCGCUUGACUGGUCUGCUUGCUAAUUUUGUCAGAGAUGACAUGGAAGCACUAAGGAAAUCUGGUAUAGAGGAAGAAUACAACGAGCGUGAACAGUUACUCCAAGAGAUUCGCGAAUUAAAGGAAGAAGCAGACACGGUUAAGAAGGACAAGAAGGUCGAAGACAAGCGCAAGAGGGAAAAAGAGGAAAAUGAGGGGGAAGCAAUCCGCCUCAAAGCGAUGGAGGGAAUGAACAAGCCAGAAGUAACUCCAACAAAGAAAGCAAAAUUCGAUGUUGGGGAGUACCUAACGAAGAAACUUGAGUUGGAAACCCGCAGGUUUGAGGCCGAGAAAGAGAAGAUGGCAGCAGAGGCUCAGGAGAAACGUGCUUUGAUUGAACUUUUGGGGAAAUUAGCCAGUGACAUGAACAAAAAAGAACAAUAAAGUCGAAUGGUAUAAGAUUUAAUGAAAAUGGCAAGGAAGAAAAUGUUGAUUAUUU